CUCCUUCUUCUCCCUCCCCGCCCGCCCGCCGAGCGCCGCGGCCGCGCUCGGCACAGCCGCUCCGCUCCGCUCCGCUCCGCUCCGCAGCGGGGCUCGGCGGGGGCGGCGGGGGCCGGGCCGAGGCGAGGCGAGGCGAGGCGAGGCGAGGCGGGGGGGGGGCCGCGCUGCCCCGCCCGGCAGCGGCGAUGUGAGCGGCGGCUCCGCUCCGCUCCGCGCCUCCGCGGGAAGAUGCUGAGCAGGUGGAUGAGCGGCAGCAGCAGGAACCUGGACCGCGAGUACAGCUGCACCGUGCGGCUCCUGGACGACAGCGAGUACAGCUGCACCAUCCAGAGAGAUGCCAAGGGUCAGUACCUGUUCGACCUGCUCUGCCACCACCUGAACCUGCUGGAGAAGGAUUACUUUGGGAUUCGGUUUGUGGACCCUGACAAGCAAAGGCAUUGGUUGGAAUUUACAAAGUCAGUUGUGAAGCAGAUGAGGGCCCAGCCUCCGUUCACCAUGUGUUUUCGUGUGAAGUUUUACCCCACCGACCCCGCCGCGCUGAAGGAGGAAAUAACCAGGUAUUUAGUCUUCCUGCAGAUCAAGAGAGACCUCUACCAUGGCCGUCUCCUCUGCAAGACUUCGGAUGCUGCUUUGUUAGCCGCCUAUAUCCUUCAAGCGGAGAUCGGGGACUAUGACCCGGGCAAGCAUCCAGAAGGCUACAGCUCCAAGUUCCAGUUUUUCCCUAAACAUUCAGAAAAGCUGGAAAGGAAAAUUGCAGAGAUUCACAAAACAGAGCUGAGUGGUCAGACGCCAGCUACUUCAGAGUUAAAUUUUCUGCGGAAAGCCCAGACUCUGGAGACCUAUGGAGUUGACCCACACCCUUGCAAGGACGUGUCAGGAAACGCGGCGUUUUUGGCCUUCACUCCCUUCGGUUUCGUCGUUCUGCAGGGAAACAAGAGAGUUCACUUCAUCAAAUGGAAUGAGGUGACCAAAAUGAAAUUCGAAGGAAAGACAUUUUAUUUAUAUGUAAGUCAGAAAGAGGAAAAGAAAAUUGUUCUUACAUAUUUUGCUCCAACACCAGAAGCCUGCAAACAUCUCUGGAAGUGUGGGAUAGAAAAUCAAGCCUUUUACAAGUUGGAGAAGUCAAGCCAGGUCCGGACCGUGUCCAGCAGCAACCUGUUCUUUAAAGGAAGCCGGUUCCGAUACAGUGGCCGGGUUGCAAAAGAAGUGAUGGAGUCCAGUGCCAAGAUCAAGCGGGAACCUCCGGAAAUACACAGGGCCGGGCUGGUGCCCAGCCGCAGCUGCCCCUCCAUCACCCACGGGCCCCGGCUGAGCAGCGUCCCCCGCACGCGGAGGAGAGCCGUGCACAUCUCCAUCAUGGAAGGCCUGGAGUCGCUGCGCGACAGCGCCCACUCGACCCCGGUGCGCUCGGCCUCCCACGGCGACGCCUUCGCCCCCCCCGCGCGGGGCGGCCGCGCCGAGAGCAGCGAGCGCGUGGCCGUCAUCGCCGACGAGGUCUACAGCCCGGCCGACAGCGUGCUGCCCACGCCGGUGGCGGAGCACAGCCUGGAGCUGCUGCUGCUCGCGCGGCAGCUCAACGGGGCCCCGUGCAGCAUCGAGGAGGAGAAGGAGUCGGAGGCCGGCACGCCCACGGCGGCCGCGGCGGAGGAGCUGGGCGGCGAGCUCAGGGCCUUGUGCCAGGGCGCCGGGGGCCUUGGCGGGACGCAGGCGGAACAGGUGAAUAAGUUUGUUUUAAGUGUCCUCCGUUUGCUCCUUGUGACAGUGGGACUCCUCUUUGUUUUGCUCCUUCUCCUGAUCGUCCUUACCGAGUCUGACCUUGACACUGCCUUUUUCCGUGAUAUUCGCCAGACCCCCGAGUUUGAACAGUUCCAUUACCAAUACUUUUGUCCCCUCAGGCGAUGGUUUGCCUGCAAAAUCCGCUCCGUGGUAAACCUGCUCAUUGACACCUGAAGGCAGGAGCCGCCCCAUAACUAGCCAGGCGGACUCGGAAGAGAGCUGCUGCCCGUUCCCAGCAAUGGGACCUUGUGGCACCACCGGCACAUACACUAAGUCCUUCUCUCAUGACUCAAAGUGCAGUGCGACCUAGGACGUUUCUUUCCAAGCCGACGAAAGGGAUAGACUCAUGCCAGACCCGACACAUUUCUUUACAGACCCUUUUUCCUAACACGCUCAGCUGGUCCGAUUCCUACCUUGGAGCCCGCAGAAAGAUUUAAGUUUUUAAUUUUGGUUUUUCAUAGAUGCGUGUAUUACUUUGGAAGUGUCGAAUAAAGAGAGGAAUUUAUUUUACUAUUACUACUGAUUAUUGUAUUAGCAUCAGCCAGCAGCUGAGACGCUAGAGAUACUGUAUUAUGCAGGAGCUUCAGUAAUGGUGCUACCGAGUUGUAAUUUAAACACUCACGUAUUGUUACUUUAUUAAAUCUGCCACUGUGCACAACACUACCACCUUAACGGUAUUGCUUUGCAGAGAUUACUCCUUGCUAAUCAGCAUUUCGUAAGUGGCAAUUCAUGGCUUAAUUUUAAUUGGAGAAUACCCUGAUUCGGUUCAGUCCCGUGAGAGUUUGUUUUGGCACAAAUGACAGGCACGAAGCAGAGCCGUGGCGGUGUAAGUCUAUUCCUUUACAUAGCAUAGAAAAGUGAACGUGACUCUUUAGCCUACUCUACAAACUCAGCCUUUUGUGACUUUUUCUAAACCUUGACCUUUUAGUGCUCCGGAGGAGUGGAGCUUUAGCUUAGAGGUGUCACCCCCCCGUGAGCAGGGCGUUAGUACCAUCGUUAGUAGCCGUAGGUACUCAAUCACGUUCGACAAAGUCUGAGUGCGUAGCCAGUAGUGACCACAUUGGAGUUAUUAGAAAGACAUUUAGCCUCAGAAAGUUGUACUUGUUUUGUACAAAAAAAGAGACUGUUUCAACGUAUAUUUUAACAACAAAAUGCUAUUUUGUUAUUGAAUCUAAUCAAGUCUUUUUUUACUUUAUGGAUUGGGUGAACAUAGUGCGCUGUACAAAGUGAUUCAAGUUGAGCAAAUGGUUUGAGAAUAAACAUUUUUGUAGACUGGACUCCUAACAUCAGAUUAACCCAUAACUAGUUUUGGAAUAACGAAUAGAGCUAUAAUUUUAUGACUUUGCUGAAGGUAAAAAGGACAGAACUACAGAAGUAGAGGUAACACUGAAAAAGGAAGCCACUGGGCAGCCAUCAAUCUAGUUAUCCUUAGCAAAAAUACAUAAAUAAAACUGAUUCAUUUUACUCGCAACAUAAACACUGGACUCGUUAGUUAUCUGGGAAGCAUAACAAUCUAUUUACAAAGGGAGCAAUAAAAGCUAGUUCUAUUAAGUUUUUAUUGAGAAGUUGGACAUACUUAACAAAGAAAAUGAAAACAGAUGAGCAAGUUUUAUUUCAUCUCAGGGAGAGAUUUUAUGUCAGCUGGGGCCAUAACUGCAGUUUUAACAAACAGCCUGGUUUUCAUGUCCGUGUCUUUGCGCACACCACCAUCUCUCACCGCGCGCUCGUCUCGGCACGGCUGCGGAGGGGCGCGAGCCCCGUGCCGCUCCGAGGUCGGGUCCAGGUCUGUCCCAGCCUAGCGCAUCGACACCUGGCAGAAGAGCACGACCGUGACACGUAGUUGCGAAGAGUCAGCUGGACUUUGAUAGCUUGUCACUGCAAUAAAUAAAGUCCACUUUAACUACUGACUGUCAGGGAAAGAAAAAUAAAGCAGUUGUGUCUCGCCGCUAAAGACCUAGCCAUAGCCAUCCGAUUCUCACAAAAGCUGAAAAGGAUUUUGCAUACAAUUAAUAACUCUUUAAAAGACAGAUUGCGUCAUGAAUGCUGCCAGGAGACGAAGGAUAGAUUUUUACAUGAUAUACUGUUUUAUGCAACAUAGCAAAAUUAACUUUUAGUGUAGUGUUCCUACCUCAGUCUGUAGUAAAUGGUGUUUCUAUGCAGUGAGUGGUAGUCUCAAACUUGACAUUUUUCAUCCCAGGUUAAAGAUGCAGUAUUCCAUCGUUUUAAUUGCUAAUGCUACUGGUGUAACGUCCUAACAGCACAGCAUUGUCAUCCAGUGACACGUUCAGCUCUAGGUACUUUGUACGUUAGACAUCUUCCUUUAAAACAGACGACAACAUAGGAAGUAUCGACCUUGAAAAAAUCUUUUACAUCAGCUUACUUUUAGAAUAGCUAUAAAUGCCAAACCUAGUUUACCUCUGCAGUUUUCACCCAGCAUUUUACUGUAAAACCAUGAGAACUGAUAACGUUUCUGUUGUAUGUUUUUCCUGUAUGUUCCAUGUUCAGUCUUGUGUUUCACUACCUGUUAGUUUUACCUGUCUUUAUAUUAAAAUGUUGUUUCCAUGGAUUCUUAUAUCAGAAGAAAUCUCUUAAUAGCAUACUGCAUCUUUAAGCAGUAGAUGGUAAAAUACCUGAAAAUGUGAAUUUCUUAGUUUUCAUAAAAAUCUAGAAAUUAACCUUUCAUGUGCCAAAUACUGUAAGUUACAUUUUCCUUCAAAAUGUACCUUUUUCUACAUAUUCAAUAUCUUAGUUAGCAUAAAAAUCAUUGGUGCCAUGAAAAGUAUUUUUAAAUUUAAAUAAAUAUUUAAAUAUCAUGAAAACAA